GUUUGUUUGGAUUUCUGCUCCGUGUUGUGUGUGUGUGUGUGUGUGAGUGCAUUUUGCGGCAGUGGUGCUUGUUUGUGGCGUGCUGUUGUGUUGUGUUGUUGUCCUUCCACUGCACCAAGGUGACACCCAUCCUCGUCCGCCACCUGUUCCACAGCACGGCCGCCCUCCGCCCUCGGCUGGACGCAAGGCCAUGUUCAUCUUUGGCACGGAAACCUUCACCUUUGAGGGUCGCUUCCUUGGGACGGUUCCUAUCAACUCUGUUCGGGCAGAUGGCGAGGAGCGCCUCUCCGCAGCAUGGCAGAUGCUGACGCUCAAGCUCGACAAGCUGCACGAGCGGCUGAUUGACGAGACUAUGGCCAGCAAGCACGGCGGUAAUGCAACCGACGCCCUUAGACGGAAGAUUGAUAAGCAACUCCAAAAGCACGGUCGUGAUGUGCGAAGAGGAGAAGCGUCGGUGUUGGACAUAUCGGCUACUCAUGUUACACUCAAGGCGCGAUGGGACAUCAGCGUGGAGCCGACGCGGUUCGCAUCGCUGCGCAUUGCGGAAGUCGGCGUCCUGCCAUCAACGAUACCGGAUAUGGGCUGCGUUGGAUUUGUCUACGAAGGCCGUCGGUCCAAGUUCCACGCGAUGCUCGUGCCAAAGGAGGAGAGCACAAAGUGCAGUGACGCAAUCAAGGAAUCGGUUCGUCUUGCCCGCAAAGCGGAGCGCGAGGCCGAGGAAACAAACGUUCCAAACCCGGACUUGACUGCCGAUACAGAAACAUCGGCGAGUGUGGACUCAUUGUCCACCCUCGCUCGCCGCGCCCGCACAAGCAGCAGCAGCAGCAGUGCUGAUGGUGGCGGUGAUAAUGCAAACACGAUUCGGUUUGGGAUUGGAUUUAAACGCCAGUCAUCCAUUCGGCUCAACGCACGGCUGCAACGAAAAGCGUCCAUUGGUCUUCGAAGGAAAGGCCGAGGACAGCGGUCCUCCACCGUGUCCGCGUCAUCCAUGACGAGUCUUCCUGACAGCCGGGAGUCGAGUACAUCAAACACACGCGUGAACAGCACCAUCGAUAUCAGCAGCAGCUGCGGUGAUAGUGGUGACAGUGGCGGCAGACGAGAUCAUGCCCGCGAUUCAGCGGCCACAUCAAUGCAAGCAGCUACUACAACAACAACAGCAACAACAACAAGCGUGCCCGUAAUGUCGGCGCCCAUGCAUGCCAUGCCUGCAAGCAACAGUGAAACCACACGCAGCUGUGAUGAUGCAUGCGACGGCACCGAUGACGAUGAUUUGCUGGCUGAUGUUGAUGAAGGGCUCUUCGACGCUGUUGAUGUUAUUGCGGAGGAGGACGUGGGGGACAUGGACGUGAGCGCGUUUGGUUUUGGAUUUGAUGGCGGCGAAGAAUUGGAGCAGGUCGAAGAAUUGGAGCAGGUUGAAGAAUUGGAGGAGGCGGAUGGAUUUGCCCACAUGUCAAUCGACGAUGAGGUCGACGACAUACGCGCGCACAAUGGUGAUGGUGAUGGUGAUGGCGAUGAUGAUGUGUUUGGGUUUUGA